AUGUCAUCCCCGGCAAAUAACGACAACGAUGCCAGCAACCUUUUGGAUACCAAAAAUACCAUCAGCGAAAUCUACUCGAACUCGUCGCUUCUCGAGCAACUCGUCUAUGUGGAAACAUUUAUGCCUGAACUAGACCAUCCAGCAUACACUGGCCCUGCAACCAACCACAGCAAUAUGGAAGACGAUUUGAAGUCAUUUGUUGAUAACUCAUUUAUAUUCACUGACGAAGAAAAACCAAAAUUCAAUGGCUUUGGUCAAGACGGUUACCCCGUUUCCCCUCGUGCCCUUAACAAUAAUACCACUAACGAUAUCAACAGCAAUCCUCAGACUAAUAACUUCCAUUCUUUGACAAAUAAUAGUGACAAUGAUAGCCACAGUAAUGCCUCCCUUCAAGUUCAUAUUCCUGCUGGUGCUAGAGCCUCAUUACAAAGAGCAGGCUUAACAGAUCAUCAGAUAUCCAUGUUGGCGUCUUUGAUCGCCAAAGAAAAUCCUCAUUUAGCUCAAAAUAAUGAUAAUAAUAACGAUAAUAGCCAAGCCAUAUUAUCGGCUCUAACUUCUAUUACCGGUCCUAUUACAGGUUCAACAAACCCACUUUCUAGUUCCACGAACAGUGACACUCUCAAUAACAACUCUGCAAUCUCCCCAAGGACAUUUUUAAAACCAAGCCGCAUCGAAAAACUUAGCAAUUUUCGCUCAUCUGCUCAUGGGAUUUCUAAAACCAGCGUACCAUCUAAUUCCGUAACUGCCGGCAGUUCUGUCGAUGGAAGCUUAGAUUCCAUGAGUUCUAGGAUGAGUAAUGCCGAAACUAUGCCUUUAGAUAACGAUGAUAUCAAGGAGAACUCAUUUGCCGUCACCGAACAGGAUAAGCGCCGCAGAAACACUGCCGCCAGUGCCCGAUUCCGUAUCAAAAAGAAACUUAAGGAGCAGCAGCUUGAAAGAGACUUGAGGAAUCUACAAGAGUUGGCGUCAGAUUUGGAGCUGAAAGUAAAGAACUUGAAAAUGGAAAAUCAGCUAUUAAGAACUUUAGUGGUUGAAAAGAAUAUCAGAAAAGGUGAGGAAGAGGUGGAGAUUAUGAAACGGAGGGCAAAGAAAGAUAAUAUUGAAGAAAAUUAG